GUCAGACCCAAUCAAUCUGAAGGGGGGAAGGGGUGUUUUGCUGCGGCAGCGGAAGCAACACUCCCGACUGAGCCCCCUCAGUGUCAGCGCAAGAAGUGACUGGGGGGGUGGGCCUUUUCCGAAAGUCUACACCGCAUCCUGGGCUGCAGGUGAACAUGAGUUCUCAACAGUUUCCCCGUUCAGGAGCCCCUCCCACAAGUUUAGGACCAGCUCCUCCUCCAAUCUCCACCAGUGGAUCUACUGGAUUGAUAAACCCAACAACUACAGUAGUAAGUGAUGAACCCAGUCGAGAAUCAGAAGUUCCGCCCAGAGAUCACAUAGUGCCAGGUGGUUCUCUGCAGUCUCGUGAGGAGAAGCAGGAAACAGUUGUUGUGCGCCCAUAUCCACAAGUGCAAAUGUUGACUCAACACCACACAGUGCAGUCUGGUGCACCAGUUACAGUGACAGCUCCUCCAGCGCAUUUAGCUCCAGCAGUGCCACUUUCUUUUUCUGAGGGACUUAUGAAGCCUCCACUGAAGCCCACCAUACCUAGCCGUCCCAUUGCACCAGCUCCGCCCUCUACUCUGUCAGGUCCUACCAAAGUCCCUGGGCAGGUCACUGUAACAAUGGAGAGCAGCAUUCCACAGGCCUCUGCUAUUCCUGUAGCAACAAUCAGUGGUCAACAGGGACAUCCCAGCAAUUUGCAUCAUAUCAUGGCUACCAAUGUUCAAAUGUCAAUCAUUCGAAGUAGUGCUCCUGGGCCGCCACUACACAUUGGAGCCUCUCACUUACCUCGAGGUGCAGCAGCUGCUGCUGUGAUGUCCAGUUCUAAAGUAACAACAGUCCUGAGGCCAGCUUCACAGUUGCCAAAUACAGCCACAGCUCAACCAGCAGUUCAGCACAUUAUUCAUCAACCAAUCCAGUCCCGAAACGCUGUGACAACUGCAAGCACCAUCCCCCCUGCAGUAGUAGCCACAGUCUCAGCCACAAGAGCUCAGUCCCCAGUUAUUACAACUACAGCAACACAUGCCACAGAAUCUAGUCUCAGUCGGCCAACGUUGUCAAUUCAACAGCACCCGCCUACUGCACCUAUCAGUAUUCAGCGUCCCGCACAGCCACGCGACACUGCAACCAGAAUUACCUUACCAUCCCAUCCAGCCAUAGGAACACAAAAACAGCAGCUCCACACCAUGGCUCAGAAAACCAUUUUUAGUACUGGUACACCUGUGGCAGCAGCAACUGUGGCACCUAUUUUAGCAACCAAUACCAUUCCUUCAGCAACCACAGCUGGUUCCGUCCCUCAUACCCAAGCGCCUACAAAUACGAUUGUCACUGUGACUAUGCCUUCACAUUCUUCCCAUGCAACUGCUGUGACAACCUCAAACAUACCAGUUGCUAAAGUGGUCCCUCAGCAAAUCACACACACUUCUCCUCGCAUCCAGUCUGAUUAUACUGCAGAGAGGAGCAAUCUCAUUCCUAUAUCAGGACACCGUGCAUCUCCAAACCCAGUUGCAGUGGAAACUAGAAAUGACAACAGGCAGUCGGUACCUGUUCAAUUCCAGUACUUCUUACCAACAUACCCACCUUCUUACCCUUUGGCUGCUCACACUUAUACACCUAUUACCAGCUCUGUGUCCACCAUCCGCCAGUAUCCUGUUUCAGCUCAGGCCCCCAACUCUGCCAUCACAGCUCAGACUGGUGUAGGAGUAGCCUCCACAGUCCACCUCAAUCCCAUGCAGCUGAUGACUGUGGAUGCCUCUCAUGCUCGUCAUAUCCAGGGCAUCCAGUCUGCACCAAUUGGUGCACAGGGUAUACAGCCGGCACAAGGAAUACAGUCGACACCAAUUGGAACCCAGGGGCUACAUCCUACUGCACCAAUUGUUACACAGGGUCUUCAGACAGCACCAAUGGGUGCCCAGCAGCCACAAACUGAAACAAAGACAUCAGUGGUCCUGGCAGAAGGAGCCACCAUUGUGGCCAAUCCAAUCAGCAAUACUUUCAACACUGCUCCAGCUUCAACGACCGUGGUGCAAACCCACAACCAGAGUGCCAGUUCUAGCACACCAGCCCAGGGUUCAUCCCCUCGCCCAAGCAUUCUCCGGAAAAAACCCACAACAGAUGGGCUGGCAGUUAGGAAGAGUCUCAUUCCUCCUCAGCCACCUGAAGUCGCUGGCACUCGAGUAGAGAGCUCUAUGAGGAGUGCAUCUGGAUCACCAAGACCAGCCAGUGCCAAACCUAAACCAGAAAUCCACGUGUCCAUGGCCACUCCAGUAACUGUGCCUAUGGAGGCAGUAUCAAUUCAGAGCAAUGAGCAGCCUCCGAUUGCAGUCCCUACUUCUCAGCAGCCGCCACCUGCCAUUCCAACAAUCAUCACAGCAGCUAGUCCCCCAUCACAGCCCACAGCAGCACUGUCUACCAUUCCAGGAACUGUUCCAGCUGCUCCACCCACUUCUACAACAAUGGUGGCUCCUCCUCCACCUCCAUCGACUAUAGGUGGUGUCCUGUCCACAGUGCUGGGUCCUGUUGUAUCAGAGAUAAACAUCAAAGAGGAAGUGGAGCCUAUGGACAUAAUGAGACCGGUCUCAGCAGUUCCUCCUCUGACUACAAAUACUGUGUCUCCAUCUCUUACGCUGCUGACCAACAACCUUUCAAUGCCCUCAAGUGACUUGCCACCUGGUGCCUCCCCAAGGAAAAAACCACGGAAACAGCAGCAUGUCAUCUCUACAGAAGAAGGGGACAUGAUGGAGACCAAUAGCACAGAUGAUGAGAAAUCCACUACCAAAAAUCUGCUGGUAAAGGCAGAAAAGCGCAAGUCACCACCAAAGGAAUACAUAGAUGAAGAAGGCGUCAGGUAUGUGCCUGUUCGUCCAAGACCCCCCAUAACACUGCUACGUCAUUACCGGAACCCAUGGAAAGCUGCCUAUCAUCACUUUCAACGAUAUAGCGAUGUCCGGGUGAAAGAAGAGAAGAAGGCAAUGCUUCAAGAGAUAGCCAAUCAGAAGGGUGUAUCCUGUCGUGCACAGGGGUGGAAGGUCCAUCUUUGUGCAGCACAAUUGCUGCAGCUGACUAACCUGGAACAUGAUGUAUAUGAACGACUCACCUCCCUUCAAGAAGGGAUCAUUCCCAAGAAAAAGGCAGCAACUGAUGAUGACUUGCAUCGAAUAAAUGAACUGAUACAGGGGAAUAUGCAAAGAUGUAAGCUUGUAAUGGAUCAAAUUAAUGAGGCUCGAGAAUCCAUGCUAAAGGUCUUGGAUCACAAAGACCGUGUUCUGAAACUUCUCAACAAGAAUGGAUCUGUCAAGAAAGUGUCCAAAUUGAAAAGAAAAGAGAAGGUCUAGAGCCAGAGGUAGAAGGACUCUGGAAACAAAAAGAUUGUACAGAACAGUGUUAAGGCUCAUUUAUUUUGGGUUUUAUUUUAGAACUACAUUUUGAGUAAAAAAGGAUGAGUUUCAGAGAAAGACAACAGAUGGAUGUGUGGAGCCCAGUGACCUUAAGGGAUUGUUGUUGACCUAUCAAAGGAACAAAGAUUUGUCUCAGGCUCGUCCCUGUUUAAAUACUUCACAAUCACAUUUUGUUUAGCCCUCUUGAUGUGCCAGUGCCUACUAAUUGGAACCAUUGAUGCAAAUGUGGUAGACAGCUCUCCUCCUUCCAUCUUACAGUUUUAGCAGAAACUUCACAGAUUUGUUCAAUGGAUUCCUGCAACAGACCUCAAGAACCAUACAUCUGUUAUGAGUGCUGAGAAAGGGGGGGGGGAUGACACUACUUCCAUCUAGCCCAUUCAGUUCUUGCUCCUUUUGACCUUGCAGUUGGCUGGAGCAGCCUUCAUAAAGCAGUGCUGCUGCACAGGCAGUUCGGCUAUAUUUAGAAUCUUAAGUGGUUCUGAAGUCUUCUAGCUGUCAAUUUUUUUAAAAAAAAUACAUUUCAAAGUGAAUUGUAGUGUUGUGGAGUGUGUGCG